GCUGUCCGUUGGACCUUUGCGACAAAUACUUGACAUUCCGACUUGCAUCGCCUUCGCCCACUGAGAGUCUUGGGGCUCCCCCAAUACAACAUAUACACACGGUGACUACCCCCAACAUGUCGGCCAGCCAAUGUCCCACCAGGCUGCAGGCCAGCCUCACAAACUCCAUACGGCGAGGCCUAUUCUUCUCUGUCGGGCAACCUCGGCCACGAAAAGGCUACAAUGCAGCGUCCAGAUUAUUCUGCACCAAUACCGCCCGUCGGAAAGAGUCCAAAGUCCCGCAUUACAAACCGCUUCAAACCGUCCGUCAAUUCAACCCCCACCUCAACUACCGCCACAUCCGGGACAACGCCGCAUCCAUCAAACAAAACCUCCUAAACCGCAACGUACAAGACGUCGACGUCGAUCUCAUCAUCCAGCUGUACGGCCAGUUCGUACGAACCGAUUUCUCACUCGCCGAAUUACGCCGGGCGCGGAACCAAAACACGGCUGCGAUGAAGACAUGUGGGCGGGACGCUGAAGCUGAACGGAAACAGUUAGCGGAGGCGGGGCGGGAGUUGAAGAAGGUGAUUGCGGCGAAGGAGGCGGAGAAGGUGGACCUACAGGCGAAGUUGUACGAGGAAGCAAGACAUUUACCGAAUGAUACAUUCCCGGGCUCACCGAUCGGGGACGAGUCGCUGGCGAAGGUGCUGUCUACGCAUCUCACCCCGCGGUCAUCCACCUUCGCAUCCGGCGCGGCGUUGCGGACACAUAUGGAAAUCGCCUCGCUGCACGACCUGGUCGAUUUCGACCGCGCCGGCAAAGUCAGCGGAUCGAGUUUCUACUAUUUACGCAACAUGGGCGCGAUGCUGGAGAUGGCGUUGACACGGUACGCGAUGGAUGUGUGUAUAUCGCACGGGUUUGUGCCGAUGAUCACGCCGGAUGUAGUCAGGCAUGAGGUGCUGGAGGCGUGUGGGUUCCAUCCGCGGUCGGAGGAUCCGCAGACGUAUUACAUUGCCCCGCAGACGGGUGCUGUGGAACAACAGGGCGCCGCGAGGGAUCCGAUGCAGCUGUUGUUGACCGCCACGGCCGAGUUCCCGUUGGCAGCGGCCCACGCGAACGAGACGUUGCAUCUGUCGUCUCUCCCGAUCAAACAAGUCGCCUCGUCCCACGCCUUUCGCGCAGAAGGGCUCUCCGGCGCCCUCAACCGAGGCCUUUACCGUGUCCACCAGUUCACAAAAGUCGAGAUGUUUGCACUGACGACAAAAGAAACCAGCGAUACCGUCUUUGCCGAAAUGGUGAACGUGCAAAAGAUCCUGUACAAGGGUCUCGACCUCUGUUUCCGCGAACUCGAGAUGCCGACGCAGGAUCUGGGUGCGCCCGCGUACCGCAAGAUCGAUAUCGAGGCGUGGAUGCCUGGCCGACAAAGCUGGGGGGAGAUUUCGAGCGCUUCGAUUUGCACGGAUUUUCAGUCGAGGAGGUUGAAUAUGAAGUACUUUACGGGGUCAUCGACCGCUGCCGGUGCGACGGGGACGACGGGACAUACGGAUUUCGUGCAUACGAUCAACGGGACGGCGUGUGCUGUCCCGCGACUCAUCAUUGCGUUGCUGGAGACGCAUCAACAUGAGAAUGGUGAUGUCGACGUGCCUGAGGUCUUACGGCCUUAUCUGUGGGGCAUCACCACAAUGAGGGCUGGACAGAGCGUUCAGGAGAUGAUUGCAAACAAAGGGAGUCCGAACAUCCCGUAGAGUCAGUAGGUUCAAUAGUGAACCAGAACCGUCAGCCCCGAAGAGACACCCGGCGUACU